UCAUUUGGUUUUCGAACGCACAACUCAACAGUCGUUCUUCUCUGCGCGAACUAGAAAAAUUAGAAGCAAUCGAGAGUGUGAGAGCCGAAAUUUAAAUUAAAAAUCGUACGAAUUAAAAAGUGUACAGUGCUCAAAGGAAAAGAAACAACAAGUGUGUGUGUGCCAUUCGCAAGCAGAUUGUAUUUAAUUCACAUUCAAACACGCGAAUUAAGUUGAAGUCGCGUCGAAAACCGUCGGAGUCGCUUAGUCGCGUUCAGUAGGCGCCAAUUGUGGGCACCAGCCACCCCAAUCCGCCACCCACCGCUUCCUCGGCUUCCUUCACUUCCUCCGCUCGUUUUCCUUCUUCUUCGACGGUGAUGCGGUGCUAAAACAAAAUCCACACGAAGUCCAUAUUUGUUUAAGCCUCAGUUUACACUAGUGCGGGACACUAGACGGAGCCGAACCGUUGUAUCAUCAACAGCGCAGCAACAGAAUGGACGUCUACCAGAUCGACGAUGGAUUCCACUCGGACGGCGGCACCGAGACUCCGCCGCCGUCACCCAGUUCUGGGUCAUCGAUCGCCUCGACCUCGGACCACGGAUCGCUGGAGAGCGUGGACACUGGGGGGACGCAGCGGCUGGCCGUGCUAUCGUUCGAGCAGGUGAGCAAACUGCACGACGUCAUGGACGAGAAGGUGGCCAUCCAUGGGCGCGGCAAUUUUCCCACACUGGAGGUGAAGCUCAAGGAUCUGGUCAACCUGGUGCGCCGCAAGCUGGAGGCGGAGGUGAACGCCGGCGGCGCCGGGGUGUUAGUUAAGGACAUCCGUCUCAAUGGCGGGGCAGCUAGUCAUGUUUUAGCCAGCGAGGAUCAGCCGUACAAUGACCUGGACCUGAUAUUCGCCAUCGAGCUGAGUUCGCCACGCGUCUUUGACCGCGUCAAGGUGGCGGUGCUCAACACCCUGCUGGACUUGAUGCCCGAGGGCGUCUGCAAGCGACGCAUCUACACGUGCUCCCUGAAGGAGGCCUACGUGGGCAAGAUGGUCAAGGUGAACAACAACAAUGACGGCGAUCGCUGGUCCCUCAUUUCGCUGGGCAACUCGCCGGGCCACAAGAACGUCGAGCUGAAGUUCGUGGACACGAUGAGGCGCCAGUUCGAGUUCUCGGUGGACUCGUUCCAGAUUGUGCUGGACUCGCUGCUGCUCUUCUACGACUGCGCCGCUCUGCCCAUCUCGGAGAACUUCUAUCCAACGGUGGUCGGCGAAUCGGUCUACGGGGACUUCCAGGAGGCACUCUACCAUUUGCAAAAGAAACUGAUCUCAACGCGUCAGCCGGAGGAGAUACGAGGCGGCGGCCUGCUCAAGUACUGCAAUCUAUUGGUGCGUAACUACAAGGCCGUCGACUCGCAGCUCAUCAAGACCCUGGAGCGCUACAUGUGCUCGCGCUUCUUCAUCGAUUUCCCGGACAUCAAUACGCAGACCACCAAGCUGGAGGCCUACUUGCGUAACCAUUUCUGGGGCGUCGAUGAGGAACCGCUGCAGUAUCAGUACCUGAUGCAUUUACGCGAGGUAGUCGAGAUGUCGACGGUCUGUCUAAUGGGCCACGAGCGGCGCCAAUCGCUCCAUCUAAUCCAGUCGCUGGCCGCUCAGGUGCUCUUCAACAAGCAGGAGAAGCAGCAGCAGCAGCAGGCCCAGGAGAAGUACCAGCAGCAACAGCAGCAGCAGCAGCAUCAGCAAAAUCAGCAGCAGCAGCAGCAGCAGCGUCAGCAUCAGUUCCUUGACCCAGCGCAGCAGCAACAGCAGCAGCAGCAGACACAGACGCAACAGCAGCAGGCGCAGCAGGCAACUACCCUGACCCUUGUCCCGCAGGCGCCGCCCACGGGCCAGGCGCAGACCAUUUAUGUGCAACAGGCCGCCCCAGCCGCCGUGUGCUGCACGAGCAGCGCGGAUCAGACGGCGACAGCGGCACCACAGACCAUACAGAUACAGGCCGGUCCGCCGGGACUCAUCUAUGCCAACGGCGUCUACUAUGCACCUGUGAUCCCCAGCACCAUCUGCACGUGCAACUCCACCUGGCUGAGCACGUGAUUAGAACGGCAGGAGCAGGAGAAGGAGCAACAGCACCACCAGCACGAGCAGCAACAGUUCCAACAGCAACAGUGGUCAGAGGAUGCAUUGGGAGCGACACUUUUGGCUGAAACUGAAACUGAACCACCACUAGCAACAGCAUCGAUAGCGCCACCACCACCAUCAUCUCAACCACCAUCAUCACCGUCAACAACAGCACCCAGAACCCAAGUCCAAAACCAGACCAGAUCCACGACCAUCAAUAGCAGCAACAGGAAGAAGAAGAACAAGGCCAAGACUCAGAGUAAGCAACAGACGCAGACAGCAACAGAAGCAGAAAGCAAUUGCAACGAGAAGCCGACCACAGCAACCAUGACAAGGACAACAACAAAGAAGAGCAGCAGGAUCAAGCAAAUGGCAGCAGCAGCAGCAGCAACGGAAGCAUGUGCAGCAAAGGGAGGAGCCGGCGGAAUCACGGGCAGCUUGGUGCUGACACCUCAGCAGAUCAACGGACUGCCCGUUUACAACCAACUGGAUGAUGGCGGACGAUCGGCGGCGGGCACGUACAGCGGACAGUUUGCCUACUUCUAUCCGCACGACGGCUCGGCGCCCAGUAUGUUUCUGCUGGGCGAGGACUCCUACCUCAAUGUUACCGAACAACAGGAGCAGCACCAGCACCAGCAUCAGCACCAUAAUCACCAGUUUGUCUAGGAUGUGGAGAAGAAGAUGUGGGAAACGGUUCAUGCUUGCUGGCCUGGCCGUGCCACUUGGCACUUUACGAUUACUGUUGAUUCAUCAUUACUCAUAUAUUCGGUUGGCUACUUUCUUCGUUAACUGUAUGAUCAGAGGUCUAUUUCACUGUUCCUUUUCUAUAUCUCUAAUUGAAUGUGUCCGGCGACUUGAAAGCCUUUCCACGACACUUGGCACACACGCGCUCCUACUUUAAUAAUGUAACUAUCCCGAGAGUUUGAACCGCAGACUGAACUUCAGCCGCUGUUAGAUGUUGAACAGGGACACCACCUAAAUCACUGACACACAAAAAGGACGAAAACGAUUGCGUAUCACAUCACUAGUUUGGCUAUAUGAAAAUCCUUUUACACCAUAUGCACAACAUUUACGUUAUUUGUGUAACUUUCUUUGCCUACGAAAACUAAAUUUUACUUUGUAAAACCUAUUGAAAGUCUAAAAAAAAGAAAACAAAAAAUAUACAAAAAAAAGUAACCUGAUAAUUUAAAGCCAAAAUUUAAUCUGUUUGCUCGGUCGAAAGUCGUUUUCAUCUUUUCCAACAUUUAUCUUUUUUGUAAUAAACCUACCCAAACACUCAAAGCUGUAAUGUAAUUUUGGAUUUGCCAACCACCCACAUGUCCCCGCACACCUAUCAUUGUAUUUUUUAAUAAACAAACAGACACACACAAAACCUAAAAAAAAAAACAAAAAUGUGAAAAAAUACGGCAUGCAUAUGUAGCACGUUAAUUUCGAAUUGACCUUUUUGUAUGCCAAGUGCAACAGACGAAGGCGGCGUUUUGGGUUCCAGUCUAGAAAUUCCAAGCAACAAUCUAAUUGCAGGCUGAAAUGAUAAUUUAAAGCGAUGAUAUGUAAAUAUUAGUCAAAUUAAUAUGUGGACGAGGAUUCGGAAGUGUAGAGGAUUUAUAUAUAUAUAUAUAUAUAUGUGUCUGGUGUACCAGAAGUUGCUCAAUGAAAUUCAAUCCACAAAGCAAAGUUAAACCGAAAUAAAUUUUAAAGUAAUGUGUAGAACGAAAUGUCAUAUUUUGUAGAAUAUUUUCGGUGUGUCCUGACAACAGCAACAUAUUAUGUUAUGUAGGUAUGUGAAUGAUUGAUUGAGUGUAUUGUUAAAACCAGCUGGUGAUAAUUAAUGAAUGAUAUAGACAUGAUAUAGAUAUGCUCUAGACAACAAAUAUUAAUAGUUCGAAACGAAACACUUCACUUCGUCGAAAACCAUCAAGGAAUGUUAGAUUAAUGUGUAAUUCUCUGUUUUUGCAAUUGCAACAAAAUACCACAAGCAACUAAGGAAUAUAUACUUAUAUGCAACCAUAAAUAUAUAUACACAUAUAUGUUUAUAUCCACAACAAAUGAAAGACAAAUGGUCCACAGAGCAAAAUGAGUCGAAGAUGAGUGGAUGUGGAUGUGGAUGACGAUGGAUGAUGAUUAGCUUACGAUGUUUCCUCUCCGUGUGCAUUCUUUGAUAACUUUGAGAAUUGUCUACCAACUACACACUUUUGUAUAAUGUUAACCUUGAACUUGUGUUUUGAAUUUAUGUAUUAACUUUAGUUUAAACAUUGUGACAUAAUGUACGAUGUAUGUACAUACUGUAUGUACAUACUGUAUACUGUAUGUAUGUGUAUAUAUCCAGAUUAUCUAUAUGCAUAUUCGACAAGGUCCAAAGCCAACGUAUUCCAAUUUGCGAUCUGCAAAACAUUUUACUUAGUGCAAACUUUAAAACGAGUUAACCUGAUACUGAAACUGAAACCGAAACCGAACUCUAACUGAAUCAAAAUCUAAACCAAAAAUUAAAAAAAAAGAAAAGAAUUUAAACAGGAAAAGCAGGACGAUCAUCUGAAUUGAUCUGAUUUGUCGGAAUUCUUUGGUUUUGCCAGCUGCAAUGAAGAGGUUUAUUUCAUGUUUGGGUCCCAUAGCUAAUGCCUGGGCUGGGCGGAUUGUGUUUUUACAUACAAUACAAUACAAUAAAAUAAAAUAAAAUAAAAUAAAAUACAAUACAAUACAAUAUAUAGAUAUAUACACAUAUAUAUUACUUAGCUGUAUGUUAGUUGGAUAAGCCUGUAGAGAAGAGGACAUUUGAAAUAUCUCUAGCGCGUAAUAUUAAAUUUAUACAUCUAUAAAGAUAAAGAUACCAGAUACAGAUACCAGAUAUAAUUGUAAAUUCAAGCAAAUCAAUCAACAAUCCAUUGAGAUUUGUAUAUAAUAUAUAUACUUAAUUACGUAUAUCUAAUUAUUAUACCAGCACACACACAUACACCACCACAAGCAGACGCCACACACACACACAUACACCACACACAAACACAAACACACACACACACACACACAAACAAUAUAUAAAUAUUACUUACAUAUUACAUUAUAUAUAUAAAAGAUAAUAAUAAUAAUGUAUCUAUAUCUAUACCAUAUACAACAAUUACCAUACAUAUUACUUCUGUGCGCUUCUUGCGAUCUAAGGAAUUUCAAUAAAAACAAACAAAAAUACCUAAAAAGUAUAAAACCGACGAAAAAUACAAAAAAAUAUACAAAAAACAAAAAUAU